UAAGACAAGAAGAUAAUAUGUGAAAAUAGAUUAUCUUUGCUUUUUUUUUUUUCUUAAUUUCCUCUUUCUUGUCAAAAAAUUAAAAUAAAUAUUUAAUGAUUCAAUAUUUAAAAAUCAUCACCCAUUUAGCUAGAAGGAAAAUUAUUAUUAAUACCCUGUGAAGGCAUACAUCACUUUCGUUAUUUUUAGCUGAAGUUAAUGUUAAAAAGGCGAGUAAUAGGAGUUUUAUAUGUAGAAGUUUCCUGGAUAAUGUCUUAUUAGGAUUUAUAUUAAUUAUAUCAAAAUCACUUUAUCAACAAGGCACCUAACCAAAAUUUAAAGAUAAAAAGAUAUUUUUUAAUAUCAAAUUGUUUAUAUAUAUAAAUGUUCAGAGUAUAGCCCAUGUUAGAAAAGUGGACAAAGAAGAUUUUUUUUAUUUUUGCGAAAUAUUGUGAAAGUUUUGUCUUUUAAAUAAUAAAGUAAAAAAAAGUUAAUCUUUUUUAUAAGGAUUUACAUCAGUUAUUGUAUCACUAACUUCUUUCUGCUAAGCUUAUGAAUAAAUUUUUUAUAUUUUUUUUUUAAAGGGCCUUUUUAAAAGCGCUUUAUUAAAACAUUUGUAGCUCAAUAUGUUAUAUCUUUCUUUUGUUGUUCUAAACAAAAGCCAACAAUAUCUUCUUUCUCGCAGAUAAAAAUCUAAUUGUUAUUCUGACUUCGGCAUCUUAGGCCUGAUAUUUUUGAGUUAUAAACCACUAUUGAUUUAUUACCACUUUUUAUGUGAAAUCAUUGAAUGUAAUUUGUCUUGAUCCCUAGGCGUAUAUACUUUGCAGUAAAUUUAAAAGUUCACUGAAUACAUUAAAAAUAGGAUCUUUUUCUUUCAACUACAAAAGUGGUACAAAAAAAUGGAGUCAGGCUUCUUUGGAAAAUAAAUUGAGACUCCCAAUUCUUGUAACUAAAUGAAUUAGUUUUUAUAGUUUUCAAGCACCAUUCAUGGUGUUCUUUAGUGCCAGAGGAUAGCACAUUUUAUUUUUAUUUUACAUUUAUAUUUUUGUUUGUUAUUAGCAAGAUAUUUUUUUUUCUUCAGUCUGAAUACUUUUUUUUAUUGAUUAAAAUAUGUUACAUUAUAAAGAUGCUAUGCAUUUUUUUAUUUUUCUAUUGUCCUUGUUUUUUUUUUUUUUUUUUAUUAAAAUAUUUAACUUCAUGAAAAUCUGUUACAUUGUGUUUGAAUAUGAUAUUCAGUUGAUCUUUUAAUACUUUGUAUUUACGUUAGCUUUUGGCUUUAGCAAUAAGGAGAUAAUCCAAUCUAAAUUUUUCAUCUUAUUCUUUAAUAAUGCUUUUAUAUUAUUUUAUAUAUUUGUCUUUUAUUUUUGUACCUGGCUAGAGUUUUGAUUCUCUCACCUGUUUUCACAUAUUUCUAAUUUUGUCACCAACUGAUCACAUGACCUUUGUAACCCUUUGCAGAAUUUGGAAAGAAAAAGCCUAAUCCCAAAAUUAAAGAUGUGAAUACGACAGAAAAGUUUUUUUAUUUUGCUGGAAAAGGCAAAUUGAAAAUUGAAACAAAAUAUAGCAAAAGUAAUAAAGAAGAUGCUAAUUUGCGGAAAAAUAAUACAAACGUUAGUAAAGAAUAUGAUCAUGGCUCAUUCUUCGCUGAACGUACUCCUAACUUAGACCAGAAAGAAAAGUAUAAACAAAAAAAGAAUGCUGUCAACAGAGAUCAAAAUGAUGCUUUGGACACAGCGGAUGAGGUCUCGGAUAUUGAAUCUGAAAUAGCUUCUUCUGGGACUUCAGAGAGCAAAGGUGAUUUGAAUUUAGAAGUUGAAAAUGAAACUUUGAAAAGUAGCUCAGAGAGCAGCAGCACAGCUGUCCAGGAAGUUAAACAAGAUCUCUUGAAGCUUAAUGUGGCCAGACGACAGCCCAGCAUCAUCAUAAGUACGUCUGAUGGUAGAACGGAAGAGGUGCUGGAUUUUAGUGAAAUAGAACAUACCAUCACUAGGAGCUGUGAUCAUUACACACCGUUUGAAGAUGAUGAUUUAAAUCAAGUUAUGCCUUCUCUAGAAAUUCUUAUAGACCAAGACAUAUCAAAUCAAUUGUGUGAAAAUAGUAUAACUAAACCAAGCAAGAAGGAAGCAAAGGCUUUAGUGUUUGAAGAAAAGUGUAUGACAAUACCCAUGGCCAAGACUGGACACAACAAAUACAUUAAUAAACAACUCAAGAGACAGGCUAGGAAAAUUAAGAAGAGGCUGCAACAGUCAGUUGAAGAUAAUAUGGAGUUGAAUGCUAUGAAAGACUUAACUCCUAGGGAAAAUGUAAUAAAGGGCUAUCCUGGUGACAGCAGUGAUGAGGAAAUGCUUUCUCUUGUCAUGCCUAUCGACUCUCAUCCACAUUUUGGCAAAGAGUCCUGUCAGGUCGACACUCAUCACACUGUAGAGAUAGAAAACAGUUUAGGGUCAGAAAAAACACCCAGGUUCAGUGUCGUGUUAGACAAAUUUAAAAUUAAAAAAGGGUCAGGGAAACAGUGGUUUAUUAGAAACGGUGUGUUGUCCCACGAGGAGGAUCAUGACAAAGAUAGGGAAAGUAAUGCUGACAGCAAUGAUGCACAAAUGGAUCCAAUGUCCUUGCACUCAACUGAACCUUUCAAUGACAAGGAUAACAUCAAAGUGGAUCAAAUUGAUGCUAACAUCAUUCCUUUGACAGUUCAGAAAAUUAAUGCAGAUGAGGCAGAGCCCCUGAAGACAAUGGCUGAAAGCAUAGCUAGGACUGAUUAUGUUUCUAAUGAAUCGCAACCAAUCCUAAAGCAUCAAAUUUCCAGCUCAGACAAUGCUAACAUAGAUAACUCUAUGUUAGAUUUAAAUAUUGACGAGAAGCCGGAAGGCAUUGCUGUAAUUGACUGUCAGGCUGUUGCACCAACUUUAUACACUUUGGGUCUAGAAGCAAUGAUUAAGGACAAUGGUCUCAAAGAGGGUUACACUUAUCAGCAUUCACCUUCUGCCAUAAGCAGGGACUUAUCACUGUUAACAGCAGGUGAAGCUGCUGCUUCUACAGAGUUGACUUAUUUCACAACUACAGAACAAAAUGUUGAUUGCUUGAACCCUCCUGCUAGAAUCGUUAAAAUAAGAAGCCUGGACAGAGAGUCUGAGCGAUAUGUUAGACACAGCGAGGCCCUUGAAGAGCCACCCACUUUCAACACUCAAGUUAUGCUGAAUGAUGUUGAGACUGAAGACUUACCAAAACCAGAGCCACUGACCCUCUCUGUUCUAAGCCCUGGUGAGAUGUAUCAUAUAGCAGAUUUGAAAUGGCAGGAGUUGCGGCAAGGCAACAAAAUUAGCAGCCCUCAGACAGAGAAUCUUACAAAGAACUCUCAAGAAAAGGAAGAUAACUUGAAUGAUCAAUGUGAUCAAGAAAUUCUCAAGGAUAGUGUUGAGGCUAAUACAUGGGAGGAUUUGCAAGUUUUGCAUGAGAUUACCUCCCUUAGUUGUUAUGACAGAGUGCAUCCAUCACCUUUCUACAUGUCUGAUGACAAAAACGAUAGAAAUGGUAUUGAAAUUAAUGCAGACAUUGAUCUCAACAUGAUUGAACCUAUUACUUACUCUAAUGAGAAGUCAUUCUAUAGUAAAGAAAGUAAUGAUGAUCAUACCAAUGUGAGCACACACCCUAACUUGAUGGAAGAAAUAACUUCCUCUGAUCAGAUAUUAACUCCUAGUCCCAGAUUAUCAAGUGAGAUAAUUAAUAAUAAUCAGAUCAACAAAAGUAGCAAACCUAUCUUGACAGCAGUAAUUACUUCCCCUGCUCAUGCAUUAUUUGGUCUAGAAUUACCAGCUGAUGGAAGUAUGAUUAAUGAGACUAACUGUGAUAACAAGUCUAACUUGAUGGAACAAACUACUGACCACAUACCAACUCCUGAUCAAAGUUCAUUUUACAAAGAUGAAAAUAAUUUUGAGACCACCGCAGAAAUAUUAGCAGACAAUCACAUGCAUGGCUCAAACAGAGAAGAGAACCCUGAUGUUCAGUCUAUUGUCACAUUUCCUGAAUCAGAUAUAAGUUCUGAGGACUGCUCUAUAAGAGAAGUAAAUACUCCAGUUACUUUUCAGUGUGAAGUUGUGGAUGUUUCAGAUGGUGAGAAUGGCCCACUUGAAAUGGAUGAGAUACCUAUUGACACAAACUUUCUUUAUCCCAGAAGGCAAUCAGUCAAUGAGACUUUGGUGAUGGACAAACUCAUAAAAAACUAUCAUGAAACAUCACAUAACAUACUAGGGGAUUCUUUUGUUGAUUCACACUUACCACAAGAUGAUUUGUUGACUUCAUCAUGUAAUCCACAUCUGGGCCUCACCCUGGGUGAGAGCUUGGGUGUUUCUGAAGUAUCUCAUGAAACCAUUCCAAAAGCUACGCCAAGUGAUGACACCUUGAAAUCAGAACCAAAUCAAAUCUUGGUAGACGAUAAACAGUUAAAAGCUGAUUACUGUGAUUACAAAACGUCAGAACUUUUGCCUCAUGGGUUUCAACUGUAUGAAAUCUCCCCAGACCAAACACAGACCAAUUAUAAUCUUAAUGGUGACACUGCGUACGAUGAGAGUUAUCUUCUCUCUGUUCACAAUAAAGAUAUCAUACAAAGUCAUGACCCUGAUAACUUUGUGAGCCAAUUUAAUGACAAAGAAAUUUGUGACCCAAGUAUUAACACUUUACAAAAAGAUAAGCGUAAUGAUUCCCAAGCAUGGGAAGCAAGCAGUGAGAGUCAGUCAACAGACUCAGACAUUGAAGGCACUGUGGAGUUUUGUACACAUUUGAACAGCAUGCCCAGUUUGCCAACAGAUUGUUUCAUCAGCACCCAUGAGGAUAGUGAGCAACAUUGGGGCAGAUCUAGCAUUGACAUGAGUGACUUGAACCGACAGAAAAUCGUUGAAUCAUCUGACUUUAACAUGCAUGAAUCUCAGUUUGAAAGUACUAGCAGCCUAGAUAAAAUAGACUUAGACGAGGUAGACUCUAGCUUGAUACUAUCUGUAGAGGAGAAAGAAGAAUUUUCCCCAGAUUUUCAUAGCAACAUUGAGGAAAUAAGUCAGCUUAGUGAAAACAAUAGCAUCAAUGCACUGAUAGCUUGCCUUGAAGAACAAUUGUCCUUGGACCAGCUCUAAUAGAACAAUAAUAUCAUCUGCUGUAAUAGAACAAACCAAUGAAUUCUCUUUCACAUUAAAAAUUUUUUUUUUUUUUAUAUUCAGGCCAGACACUGUGGAAAUGUUUUGGUUAAAUAAAAUGUAAUUUAUUUGUAAUUUUUAGACAUUUUUUGCUGCAAUAUUUUAUGGUACAUUCUCAAUUUAAAAAUAAUUGUUGUAAUAGAAUAUGUGCAGAAUGACACAAUAUUGUAUUUUUUUUUUUUUUAAAUGUUGAAUUCGCUUGUUAUAAAUGUGGUUGACAACAUUCAAUCUGGUGUUAGAUUUGAUAACAAGACUUACUCACGAAUUGUCUUUUCAAACAUCAUCUCAGUAUUAUUGUUAUAUAAUAAAAACAAUGAUGUUUUUGGAAGCAAUGUUAAAAUAUCUAAAAAUUUGUUAGUCUGCCUUUGUGUGACUUAGUUUUGGCAAGUUCUUUUUUGCUUCCUAACCCUGAUAUUGGCUUUUAUUAUAAAAGUCUUUUCAUUAUGUCACUUUAAAAUUGUAUAUUCUCUUUGAAACUGGCUUUAAUAGUAUUGUGAUAUGUACAGAAUGAAUACUUAAACUGAACUGUUUUGUUAGAAGUUUCACAAAUAAAAUCUUUCAACUCAUACACUCAACUGUAUUAAUUUGAGAUGACAUUGGCUAAAAUAAAAUUUAGAAACAUAUUAAUGUUUAAAUUGUAAAUUAUAAAACUAGUUUAUAAUGGAACAAAAAAUAAAUAUGGAAGAUGAUGUAAAGUAAAUAUAAGCAUCUGUCUGAUGAAUCAAUACUCCAUCUAAGUCUGCCUUGGUUAUGUGCCCCUUUUUUAGUUUUGAGAGGG